CGGUCUAUGGCGCGUACUCGUCAGUAGGGGAGAGGAGAGGACAGAAGGCGGCAGAAAGACAAAUAAAGCCGAACUAGCAGAUUUUUCAGAAAACCGCAACACGAAACCCAGUCGAGAUGUCAGAGGAAAAGCCAAAGGAAGGAGUAAAGACUGAGAAUGACCACAUCAACCUCAAGGUUGCAGGGCAAGAUGGGUCGGUGGUUCAGUUCAAAAUAAAAAGACACACACCUCUCAGUAAGCUAAUGAAGGCGUACUGUGAACGACAGGGACUCUCAAUAAGGCAGAUCAGGUUCAGGUUCGAUGGCCAGCCGAUCAAUGAGACGGAUACACCUGCACAGCUGGAAAUGGAAGAUGAAGACACCAUAGAUGUUUUCCAGCAGCAGACAGGCGGGCAUUGCUAAGCCCUACCCACCUCAUUGAUGGCCACCCUCAGACAACGCCCUCAACCACCUUCACUGUUCAUCCCUUCCCCACCACUCCUCUCAGCUUAUUAUUAUUAUUAUUAUUAUUAUUAUUCCUUAAGUUUAAAGAUGUCUGUCAUGGUUUUCGUCAGGUGUGGGCGGGGGCCUCGUCAGCUGUUUAUGUGCUGUCUCAGUCAGGACUGAACAUUUGUGUGUGUCAACAGUCUCUCUGCUGGCCAGUCAGGACACCGAUUUUGUUCUGGCACCGCAGGCUGUGAUUGGACCAACAGCUCAUCACAGCUGUUCCUGGUUUGUCACUGCUUUUGGUUCACAGUGCAGUGAAAGCUUAGUAUCCAGUAGUUUCACUGUUUUCAUCCAUCAGGGUUGAACGCGAGGCUCUGCGAGUAUUUUGUCAGUGGGCAUGAAAAUGGUUUGAAGUGGAAGCACUAUCUGAACUUAAUACACACAUGCUUUCCAUUUCACUUUAUUUUUGUGUGUGUGUUUGUUGUCUGAAUGGUGACUCCUGCUUUUUUCUCAAAUGCAUUUUAAUUCUCUUUGCAUUUUAGGUGCUUCUGCAAUUUUUCUUCUUUUGUAAUUUUUUUUUUUUUUUUUUUUGGUCAGUUAUUUUAAGUGUAACACCCAUGGGGCAUAUGAUCGGCAUCUUUUUUUUUUUUUUUUUUUUUUUUUACUUUUCCACCCCCUCCUAUACAGCAGUAUCAGAAUGGGUGUUAGAUAAAUGUUGUGGGGCUUGGACCAAUACUCCAAAAAACUGAACGUCUGCUUCAUAUUUGACGUGCUUCUCUCUAAAAGCAAACUUCAAGGUGAAAACUGUCAUAUUUAAAGGCGUUUAUAUUGCAUCAGUGUUUGCUUCCUCCUAGAUGGCUACUAACUGAACGAUUGUAUCUGCGGUACACAGAUAAAUGCUUAUUCAGAAAAAUGCUUGUUUCAGGGGAGAGAAUUCAUUAAUACCACAUAAGUGCAGCCACAGGUGGAGUUAUUUGGCAUUUGAUUUGGUAAAGAGUCUCUUGGUGCAAAAUAUGUAACUUUUUAAAAAAAAAAAUUUAUUUUUUUGUUCUGUUUUUCAAAGUGGGCCAGUGACCAGUCUAUGAUAAUUUUAAAAGGUCUGCUUGUGGUAGAGGGCGGGAUGUGGGUGGGAAUAACUGAAAGGUUCUUCCUCAGUGCUAUUUUGAGUUCAGGUGUCUCAUCCCCUGUAUUGCCCUUGGACAAGUAGGCUGACGAGAAAAGGGAUUUUUAGAUAUUUGAGGAUGAACAGCUUCAAAUUCGAGCAACGCCCAACAAAAGUUGAAAUGUUUUUGUUAAGACACCAACACUUUCCACUGCUACGCCAGCUGCUGAGAUGCUGUCUGCCUGUGUGUUUUGCUGCAGUGUUACAGUGGCAGUCUUUCAAGUGGUGAUGAGUGUCUCACUAUUUUUACAUUCUGGAGAGUGAAGCAUGCAGUUUGUUGCAUAUCAGGUCAGGGAGGUCAGCCAAUGGAGUUUGGGAGAUAAGUCUUCUAUACCCACAGGGCCCCGUUCUUCGUAUGUGGGUAACCAAAUUAGCCCAAAUUAGCUUUGAAUGUAAAUAGUCUGAAAUGAGCUUAAUUUUUUUUUUUCCAGUUCAGCCACGAUUCCUGCAAAAAACACCCAGCUUUCUUGAAGUUAGUUCAGAACUAAGUUUAUUUAAAAUGGUUAUUAGGAAAGGCUGUAUCUUUCAGAGUUAAGUACAUGUUAAAAUACAUCAAAAUAAAAUCAAUACAGCUAAUAUUAAAACCUACAGUCUAUAUUUUGUGUCAAAAGCUAUAUCUGAAUAUUUUCAGCAGCUACAAUACAUGUUUUUCAUCUUUUAUUUGAAUAGUUACGAGUCAGUGCCAGUACCGAGACGUUUCUUUUUAGUGAGGAAGUAAAAGAAAUCUUAUUUCCUUACACGGCCAUCAGCAAGCAUCUGUCAAUAUUGUGUGGCACAGCGACAUGUUGAGUUUUUGUGUGACCUGCAUCUGCACAAGCUAGUCACAAGCAGCGAUCAUGACUUCAGCUUUUGUCACACAAAGUAAGAGCACACUUUACAACACCAACAAGUCAGCCCUCCGCUCGCAUUUUAAGAACUGAGUGAGCUGGACGAAGAUCAGCUGAGCUUAACUGUAAAGUACGAAGAACGGGGACCAGGUCUUGUCAUGUUAUGUUUUCUCUACUGAUUUGUACAUUAUUUGUGGUCUUUUACUACUGUAUACAAUAAAUAUAGUUUGGUACUCAGAUUUUAUCUUGCAA